AGACACAUUGUUAUCAACGUUACUGAUAACAGUGUCACGGUGAUAACACAAGAUUUAAGACAUUAAAACAUUAGACAAUUAAAUAAUUCCAGAUGGGAAUUCUUUGAUGUCGAAUUACCUUUAAUUCUUAGUUCUAAGUUGUAGUCUAGUCACAGAUACGUGGAAAUAAUACACAAACCAAUUUUAAAUGAAGUCUUCGUCAAACUGUCAUAAAUAAUAUACUAGUUUGUUUCACUAUAAUUAUGAGUAAUUCUAGUCCUAAUGUUGAGUCACUUUACAAUAAGUCAUUAAAUCAGUUAUGCUAUUCUAUGAACGAAGACAUCCUGUUAAAUGUGUUGAAGUGGUUACCACCAUCAAUCAGUUUGCAAAUCGUGUGGAAGGUCUUACGUGUAAAUGAUGGUAGUGAAAAAUUUAUUUAUAAUCAUAUGCUCCCAGAUAGUGAACUAUCUUCAAUUAAUCGAGGACGUGAAAUUGCUCAAAUGUCAUUACACAAUUCAGGCUAUACAGCACCCGUCUCUUAUAGACAGAUGAGCUCUGAAACACAUGAAGGAUUUGCCACCAUACAACAAACUAAAUUUGUUGAUCAUUUCAAUUUUUCUCUUCAUUUUGAUUUAAAUUUGUUUUCAAAAUUUGUGGAUGUCACCAACUAUCGAAGUGAACUGUUUACUAUUUUCCAGAUUUGUGUACAAAUGAAUGGUUUUCAAUUUCCCAAACAAUUAGCUGAUGAAUGGAUAAAAAUAGAUAUACAAGAUAACAAUGACAAUGUAUAUGUUCAUCAUAUUGAUCAAGGUCUCAAAUUAGGAAUUUUUCUUGGGGAUGCCGGCUGGUUCAGUGAAUGUGCUCUAGUCUUAUCACACACACAUCAAAUAAUUACUACAAAAUGGGUGUGUCAUGACCAAAAUUUAAAACUUGUCAAAAUUAUUCAAUGCUUAACCAAGUGGUUAUUAGUAGUGUCAAAUUACCAUAAUUUUGAUGAAGCUAAAGUAGUCUUACAACAUAUGCUACAAACUAUUGGUAUCAUCGAAAAAUUAGAAGAAAGAACAUUGUGCAUAGCGUAUGCCUAUGUAGCAGUUUCACAAUAUUACUAUGUAUUAAUGGAAUUUAAUGAGGCUUGGUCAUGGGCAGUGAAAGCUGUCUAUGAACUUCGGGAUAAGAGUGCUGAUAUUUUAAAACUAUUGGUAAUAAGUCAUGCUGUUAGAGUUUGUUCUGUUUUGAACAAACUGAGCACAGCGAGAAAAUUGCUUAAUCAAUUGCACACAUACGAAAAAGAAAUUGAUCAAAAUAUUCAUGUUGAUAUGUUAUUGAAUGAAGCAUGCUACUCAUUGAAAGCAGAUUUAGCAAAAGAUAGCAUUAACAGUUACUAUAUUGCAUUAGAUUCUAGAAGAAAUUUAUUUGGUUAUUACAAUUUACAUACUGCAAUUGUUUUUGUUGAUUAUGCAUAUGCUCGAUAUGUUUGCGAUUAUUCGACAACCGACUUCAAUGAAGCUAUGCGAAGCAUAUUACAAGGUAUAUUUAUCAUGGAAAAAAUUGGUUUACCAAAUGAUAAUAUGUUGUUAGUAAAUGCUGGACGAAUAAAGGCAUUGAUACUAGAAGAAAAAGCAUUAGACAUAAUGGACAGAGGUAUUGAUAUUUACCUUCAUGAUGGUAUCCGAGAUUUACAAGCAGAUGGAAUAAAACGAUUGUUGGAAAGAAUGAAGAAAAACAUGUUAAAUGAAGCUGAAGCCCUUCAUUUAAAAGCAUUACAAGUUUCUUUACAAGCAGUUGGAGUGAAAGCCCUGCUUACGGCAAAAUCAUACUGUAAUCUAGGAAGACUUUAUCAAAGCCAGGAAAAAUUUACGGAAUCUGAAAAAAUGCAUUUAAAAGCUAUUGAAAUCAAAGAAUCAAUUUUAGGUAAAGAUAACCCAGAAGUUGCUCUAUCUUUAGGUCACUUAGCUAGUUUGUACACAUAUCAAUUAAAAAAAUAUGAAGAAGCAGAAGUACUUUAUUUGCGUUCAAAAACGAUAUACGAAACUACCUAUGGUCGACAGUAUACAGGAUUACUGUAUGAUUUCCAAGGAUUGGUAGAAGUUUAUCGAGAACUAAAUAAUACUGAAAAGUAUAAUCAAUAUACUGAAAAUAUAUUAAGAUUUCAUGAAACACGUGAAGCUUGGUUACAUGAGGUGCACACUGCAACUGAUGAAAACUGUACUAAAGAUGACUUAAGUUUAGAAAAGUUUAAAUGCAUACUGAAUGAAUGCGCUUGUGACAAGUAGUAAAUUUAAAUAGAAAAUUAAUUAGAAAACUAAAAUUAAAAAUUGAUAUAAAAAUAUAAUAUUUAUUAAUAUUUAAUUUUGUGUUUAUAAAAGUA